GCAGAGCAGAGCAGAGCACAGCACAGUAGUAGUCGUCCGCCGACAGAGUAGCUAGGCAGAGUGUGUAUAACCAGCGUGCCGGUUUUUAGUAUAGGAGUAGACACGACGCAAAGGAGGAGAAGAAGAGCAGUAAUAAUCGCACCCUCGAUGCCGUCAAAGAAGGGAGUAGCAGAGGGUGCGUGCCUUAAUUGACAAGUGUGUAUGUGUGUGCGUGGAGGGGAACGGCGAUCACUCCCUUGGAAGCACGUCCUAGAUAAUGUGAUUCUGCGUACUAGAAGGAAAUCAUUGAUUGAUGCGUGUGCCAAAGCUUUCGAAGGGAGACUAUUAUCAAAACGUAUUUCUAAGACAUACCUUAUACAUUAUACACGCAGCGCGCUUUUUUCGGGGGAACAACGCACGUCUUUCACACUUUAGCUUCGUUUUAUUUUUCUCGUCGUAAAUAAAUAAUAUAUAUAUAUACACGCGCGCGUUUUGUGUAAAAAAUAUGUAUGUAUGUACACAACAAAGCUUUUGCUUGGAGAAAAAGAAUUAUUAUUGAUCGAGGAAUUGUGAUUUCUGUACCUAAAUAUAUCAUAUAUAAUGUACCUUGAUGUUGCUUCGCGAUUUGCAAAUUCACUUUGCUACGUCCAAAUUGUCGAUGUGCUUUACACUAUUACGCUAACGAGCCUAGGUGCGUGCCUAGAUUUCAUUUAGGAAAUUUUGAUAACAAAGAAAAGAAAGUAAUCGCCUUAGAUAAUUAUUAUUAGAAAGAAAAAUCGAAACACUUGUACAAUCAUCGAAGAAUAAGAUGCCAGGACCACAAACAGCGUCAUCGGGACGCACGAGCAGCGAAGCCAUUCGUAUGGAACCAAUCGUUCGGACAUCGAGUGGACGCACACCUGGACAGAAUGGUACAGCUUCGGCUACAGGCGGGGAGACAAAUCCAGCGCUGCACAAGCGCAACAUCUACGAGCAGAACGGUGGGGCGGUGUGCUCGCAGAAGCGCGCGCUGUGCAUCGCCACCGUCGUGUUCGCCACGCUGUUCGCCAUAUCGCUCAUCAUCGCCUUCGCGGGACCACAAAACGACUGCCCUUGCGCUGGAGAGAAGCCAACGAACCUGGUCACCGACAUCGACGAGGAGACCGGCGAACCCAUUGCUACCAACGGCGACAUCUUUCCCUGGGAUAAUGUCAGGUUGCCGAGUUUUGCCCAUCCAACGCGAUACAACAUCACGAUCCAUCCCAAUCUCACGACAUUAGAAGUGAAAGGACAAGUCACGAUCGAAUUUCAUGUCGACCGAGAGACCAAUUUUAUCGUCUUCCAUAGCAAAAACUUGACAAUAACCGAAAAGAUGGUGCAAGAUCACAAGGGACGCAGAUUAAAGAUCUCGAGGAUGCUGGAAUAUCCUCGGCAUCAGCAGCUCUAUCUCGAGCUCGAGGAGAGCAAGUUUCGUAAAAAGGGGAACUACUCGGUCCACUUGAGGUUCGUCUCGAAGCUGAAGAACGAGCUCGAGGGCUUCUAUCUCAGCAGUUACGUCAACGCCCACGGAGAGAAAAGCUUUUUCGACGGCCAUAGGUAUCUGGCAACAACCCAUUUCGAGCCGACGUACGCUCGCUCGGCAUUUCCAUGCUUCGACGAGCCGCAAUUCAAGGCCAAAUUCAAGGUGUCCAUAUUCCGGGAUCGCUUUCAUAUUGCCCUCUGCAACACGCCUAUUGCCAACACUGAAGAUGCUGGAUUCUACAUGGGCACCGGACUCCUACGCGACGACUUUCAAGAGUCCGUGGCGAUGUCGACGUAUCUGGUCGCCUUCGUGGUCUGUGAUUUCAAGCGAGUUUCACAAAUGACAAAGCGUAACGUUAGCGUGUCGGUCUACGCCGCUGAGACAAUGCUGCCGCAAGCGACUUUCGCCGUGAAAACAGCCUCGAGAACAAUGGACUUCUUCGAGUCGUUCUUCGGUGCCCAGUAUCCACUACCGAAACUAGAUCUGAUAGCCAUCCCAGACUUCGGUGCAGGCGCAAUGGAAAAUUGGGGAUUGAUAACCUACCGCGAGACGUCAAUCUUAUACGACCCAGCUGAGACAUCAACAGCCGCGCACGAAUGGGUAGCCGUAGUAAUAGCACACGAGUUAGCUCACCAAUGGUUUGGCAAUUUAGUAACGAUGAAAUGGUGGAACGAUCUUUGGUUGAAUGAAGGUGCCGCGAGUUUCUUCGAGUACAAGGGUGUCAGUUUCAUCUCACCAGAGUGGAGUAUGAUGGAUCAAUUCAUCCUUGACAAAAUUCAGCCGGCACUGGAUCUCGAUGCGUUGGCAAGUAGUCAUCCGAUAAGUGUACAAGUGAAAGAUCCAUCGGAGAUUGAAUCCAUAUUCGACACUAUAAGCUACAAUAAGGGAGCUUCGAUACUGUACAUGUUAGAAGGUUUCUUAACCGAAGAUAUACUGAAGGUAGGAUUGAAUGAUUAUCUGGGCAGUCAUGCUUAUGGGAAUGCUGAUACCAAUGAUCUUUGGGCUGUAUUCACCAAACACGUCAACAAAACAUUCGAUGUCAAGGCAAUAAUGGACACGUGGACGCAACAAACUGGCUUCCCUCUAAUAACAAUCGCGCGCGAAGGCAACACAAUCACAGCCUCUCAAAAGCGAUUCCUCGUCUCGCCGUAUGUGAACGACACGACACUGGCAGCUCCCAAAUCGCCGUUCAAUUACAAAUGGUACGUGCCGCUGAGCUAUUACACCAGCAAGGACUCCAGAGACGUUCAGAACGUGUGGAUGAACAUGACCGAUGUGAUGUUCGAAGUCCCCAACGACACGGACUACAUCAAGUGUAACGUUAAUCAAACUGGUUUCUACAGAGUAUCCUAUCCCGACGACAUGUGGCAAGCCAUAAUUCAAACUUUAUUGAAAGAUCACACGAGAUUCAGUCCUGCUGAUCGUGCAAAUCUUAUAGACGAUGCUUUCACUCUAUGCAAAGCUGGUGAAUUGAAUGCUUCGGUACCACUAGAAUUGUCGUUAUAUUUACUGAAUGAGAGGGAUUAUGUACCAUGGGCAACGGCUUUGAAUUAUCUUCACUCAUGGAAAGAGAAGUUAAGUGAGAGUGCCGCUUACAAGAGAUACAUUGUGUUUUUCAAGAAACUCAUCGCGCCGGUUACCAAAUAUGUUGGUUGGAGUGACGAGGGCUCGCAUUUGAAAAAGUUACUCCGUAUCUUAGUAUUACAAUCAGCAGUGAACUUACAACUAGAGGACGUGGUAAAACCAGCAAAAGAUUUAUUCGACGACUGGAUGUUACGCGACAAAAAAAUCGCACCAAACAUUCGCGACGUAGUAUACGCCGCUGGUGUGAAAUUCGGUAGCCAAGAGGAAUGGAAUCACUGCUGGGAAACGUAUCGUAAGACACUUUUCCCAAGCGAGAAACUAGUGAUGUUACGAGCAUUGGGCGCAUCGACGGACCCAUGGUUACUGCAACGUUAUCUGACUCAAACGUUGGAUAGAAAUCUGAUAAGGCCACAGGAUGUCGAAUCGGUUAUAGCUUCGGUUGCCAAGAAUCCAGAAGGUAAAUUGUUGGCAUGGAGGCAUCUUAAGGCACAUUGGUCGCAUAUCCAGGGUUUGUUUGGUAAUGGAUCGUUGACGAUUGGUUCGCUUAUUAACGUCGUCACCUCGGAUUUCUUCACUGAGUAUGAUUAUCACGAGGUGAAAGAAUACUUCAAAGAAAUAGAUGUCGGUAGCGGACAACGGAUGUUGGAUCAAAGUCUGGAAACGAUCAAGUUCAAUAUCUACUGGGUGAAGCAGAAUUCCGAUACGAUAGACGAGUGGCUAGUGAACUAUCUUGACCAAAAGUCGAGGUAAACGUGAUUGAACCAAAGAGAAGUAAAGACAAAUACGUAAGACACUGACGAUUGUGGCAUAUCAGCGGCGAAAGAAAAUAUUUUAAUGAUGUCGCACGCAGAAAGAACCUUCAGUCCUUCAAAAAUCCGAUCCAUCCGAAAAUGAAAAAAAAAAAAAAGAAAACCACUUGAUUCCGUUCGAUGAUCGGUACACAUAUAUAUCUUGGUACACGUGUUAUUCUGUGAUUUCACCCAAUUCCUUUUGUUCUUUUCUUGAUAUUGUUAUUUUAAGAACUACGUUCGUUUUAAACGCUGCAGAGCUACACUAAAUAUUUGUCCACAUUAGUCUUGGAUCCCUAAAGUCAUGAGAGAUAUGCAACCAGGCCCUCCCCUACUACUUUUGCACGGUUGUGGGAGGAGAAUUUUUACAUGCAUUAUGACUGAACCUACAGUUUGAGGUGGAAUCCGAAUUUCCCCUUGAAGAAAAAAGGAAACACCGCCAACACCAAAAAGAGAUGACAGUCGUUUAUAUAGAAUUAUAGUUACUAAUCUUUCUAACUGCUAGUUACUUUUUCAUUGGAUACUCGCUAUAAAUAGGCAGAUAUGUAAAUGUCCGAGAGUGUGGGAGAAAAUGUCGAUAGUUGUGAAACAAUUGAGAUAUAUAUAAAUAUAUACUGUACGUGUGUGUGCCUGUGAUGUGUUGUAUACCUCCGACUCUCCUCUCACCCUACACCGUCCGCUUUGUUAAAUUUAUUGAUCGUCGGCGAUGAUGAGCUCUUUUUCUACACUUUUGUAAAAGCUUUUCUUUUAUACUUUACUUGUUUUCGCACGAUCUAUAAAAAAAGUAACACGUACGGGCGCGAUUUUCUGAAUUUGGGUUACACGCACAUCGUAACAAUGUAAAUAAUUCCGAUUUUAUAUAACACAUAACGAAUCUUUUUCUACUCGCUUCUUUUUUUUUCUCUUCCACUCGAUUCUUUUUACACGUGCGUCUCGUUUGGAUUCGUUAAAAAACGAACAAACAAAAAUCUCUAGAUUUUGAUAUAACGAUAUAAGACAAAAAAAUAUAAACUACGAAUUGACGCACAAAAGAGGAAAGAAAAAGCUUUUAAAAAAUAAUAUUAAAAGAUAUUUAAUCUCUCCCUUGAACAUUUGUAAAUAGACUAUUUUUUCACUGAACGAGGUAAAGGUUGAACUAGAAAAAAAAAACUUUUUUCUUUAUUGACAAAAAAUCGUUAGUGCGAGCGAGAGAGUUGUCAGAGAGAGAGAGAGAGAGAGAGAGAGAGAGAGAGAGAGAGAGAGAAAUGAUAUUGCGGUAUGGAUUUUUGUGGGCCUAUUAACUUACGCCGACUACACUUGUAAUUUUAACUCUUUGAGACAAGAUAUUUCUUUCUUCUAAGGUGCUGUUACCAACAUUAUCGAAUUUUUCAAUCAGUAUAUUUGUUCUCCAACAGUUGUGUGAAUAAUUCUUAUCGUUUCAUUUAUUCUUAACUUAAACUCAUUUUAUUCUCACUUAACUUACUAAUUUAUUGUUAUAUGUUUAUUAUAUGUAUUCGUUUUUAAUUAAUUUUGUCUAUAUACUGCUUUAUAUAUACCAUCGAAAAAAUUUGUUCACAAUAAAAAAAAAAAGAAAACUGUAAAACUGCCAUAGAAAAUCGUUGUUUCUAUGAAUGAUUAUACAAGCGAGAGUAAGAUAUAUUAGAGCAUUUUUCAUAUUAAAAAGACCAGGUAAAAAACUUUGUUUAGUCAUUUCUAGGCUUAAAACUGUACACACUAAAAAAAUAAGUAGCGACAAGUCCGUUUUCAAUAUUUGAUGCCAAAAAGUUAAAAAAAAAAAUUCACAAUUCGAAAGAUAAGAAAACAGCGCAUGGAAAUUAUUCAACUUCUUUAUACCGCAUAUUUUGCAAGUCGAUUGCGCGAAUGUGGUAUAUUAAAUACAAACACGAAAGGAAGAAGAAAGAAAAAAAUAAUGCGAUUAUUCACACGUUAAGACUGGACACCAGGUUAAGAGUUGAUUAUUAUGCAUUAUUAUGAAUUAUUGUAGACGUAUGUAUACAUAUACCAAGCAUAUAUGUAUUUUGUGCAGUGGUGAAAAAAAGACGGAGCGAAAGGGUUCUGAGUAUUAACUUAGAGUAUAGAUCGUAUUAUUAAAUAACUUUUAAACCGAAAAUAACAAUGAAAAUGCAGGUACGAGGAAUGUGCGUAAUGCGAUUUCGAACGACUUUUUUCGAAUUUACAUCCAGUUCUCGAGUUCCAUAAGCUAUUAUUUUUAAAAGGAAAAUCGCGUUCGAAAUUUCGUUACUGGCGCUCCGGAAGUGAAAUGAAAAAAAAAACGCCGUUUAUAAUUACUCAUAUACGCAAAAGGUCUCUUAUUUAAAAAAAUCUAUACCAUGCGUAAUUACCAACACCGUGUAUAAUGACAAAGUGACGAUGCUCAUGGACUACGGUACAAUGUUGUCAUAGAUAUUUUGUUGUGUGAACGAGAAGAAUGUAUUUGAACGAACCAAAAAGAAAAUGUGAAGCCGUGCUAUCCGAGACACAAUGUACGAGCGU